AUUUCUUUGGUUUGUUUGUUUGUUUAGCAUCUUCCCGUGAACACAAAUUAAACUUCAAGAAGAGCAAGGAAGUGUGUUUAAGUUACGUUCAGGAUGCCAUGCUACAAAAGCAGUGGAAAAGGGCUGCAGAGUUUCUGACCUUCUAUACUGAGUCCCUGGAGAAAGACUUUUCUACAGAAUACAUGGGUCCAUCAGAGAUAAUUUGGAGAAUAGGAACUGAAAUUCUGUGCCAUCAUUCCCAUAGCAGCAUGAAAGAAUUCAACUCUUUCAUAGAACAGAUGAAAACUUUAGGAGUAAAAAGGUAUUUGAAGGUUUGUUUAGAGCAUGCCUUUCAUCUCCUUUGUAAUGGACUGAUAGAUGAAGCUUACCAAAACCUGUCCCUGGCAGAAAGUUGGAGGUUUGGAGAACAAACAGCCAUUCAGGAUAAAGAAAUGAAACUGAUUCAAGCUUACAAGGGACUGUUGGACUACUACAGCUGGUCUAAGCAGAAGACCAUCUUGUUAGAGCAUGGUCAGGAUGGAUUUGAAGACUUGUCUGUUGAACAGGAAAUGCACAGUUGCUUUCGGAAGGCAGCAGUGAACUUAAAGGAGAUAAUUAAAAUACCCGGAGUCUGGGAUCUCUUUGUGAAAUGCUAUGUGGAUUUGUUGGAGUUCUAUGGAGACCAUAAUGAAGCACGCCAAGUAUUAAAUGAAUAUGCCUACAACUCAAAGUUUCCUGCUAAUCCCAAUGCUCAUGUUUACCUCUAUCAGUUCCUGAAGAGACAUGGUGAAUCAAAGAAAUCGCUCAUAUCUGCGCUGAAGAUCUUGCAUGAUAUUGUUCCUUCUCAUGAACUAAUGAUAGAUUUUAAUACGAUGCUUCAGAAAUCAAAGAAAAGAAAAAAACGUCGACUGGGGCUAGAAGUCAUUUUUUCAGCCUUGGAUUAUGCUGGCUGGAAGGAAAAUGUAAAAGCAUGGAGCUGUUUGGCAAGACAGGUGAAACAAAUUGUAAUCUCUGAGAAGCAUCUUGACUGGAUCAAGCAAGAGUGGAACUCCAGAAAGGACUGGUGGCCAGCCUUCCAUUUUAGUCGUUACUUGGCAAAAAAGAAUUGGCAGGAAAAUGAAAGCCUUUCAUAUGAAAAAGCUCUGGUGGCUGGAAUCUUACUGGGAAGGGGUUGCAAGUACUUUAAAUAUGUAUCACACCAAGGCUGCAAAGCUCAGGUGAAAAGGUUUCGGAUACUGAAGAAAUUUGUGAAUAAGCACAAUCCUGUCUACCUGAGAAUAUCUGGUCUUUCAGAUUCCUCUGUACAACUUUGAUUAGAAGGCAUCCUUCAGCUGCCUGUGGGAGAUGCAUGUGCCUUGCAGCAGCUGAGAAACCAUCUCUUUAUUGAGGAAGAAGUUUGAAACAAAGCAGCAGAGAUUGGGGUGGAGGCAAGAAGAGUGUGGUAAGGAGAAUGAGAGGAUAAAGAGGAGCUCGAUGUCUUUGAGAAAAAUCUGUUAAUCCAUUGUGCUCACAGCUUUCUCCUGUGACUUCUGGAAGCGGGAUUGCUGCCAGGGAUCAUGUUCUCUCUUGGUGCUAGAAC